ACGAGCAUCCAUUUCAUUCAAAGUCAACUCUCUCUUUCCUGUCGUCUUUACUAGACAAACUUAUUGCCCACGAUGAGGCCCACCGCUGUUAGGAUGAGCGACAUGCCCGGCCCCAGAGUCUACAACUUGUGGUGGGGUGACAAGGGCAACGCCAGACUGAAGGGUGUCAUUCAAUAUAGCUUGACCCCUACUCGUCAGCGUGCCACCCACAACCUUAUUCGCAGCUACCUCUUCAACGGGUAUCGUCGUUUAUCCUCUCAAGUCGGAUACUGGAUCAUCCCUUUCGCUCUCGGCUAUGGCACUUACACUUGGGCGAAGAGCUAUGAUGAAUGGCAAAACAGCAAGGCUGCACACGUCGCUGGCCACGGCUCUCACUAAUCCUAGAUGUUGCAAUAUAUAUUUGGAUAUUAGCCCCUGCACUACAUGUUUGUGGGAUAAAUUCUAGGAAGGAGUCAUGCAGCUUCUCGCGUCUCGCGUCUCGCUUUGACUUUCGAUCUUGUAUCUCCUGAUCUUAACGAUUGAAAAACACGCUUUAUCUCAAAGUAUGCAUUGCUUUGGAUAUAAGUAGACCUCACCAGGAGGUCCUGCAGACCCCUGAGCUUUUCCUUCCACGACAACUCCCCGUACUUCCCCCCCUUCCGGGCAACAAAUAUUGCGAUGUCGAUU